CGGCAAACUACCGUUGUCCCUGACGGAACGACACUCGGAAAAAGGAUGGUUAUAGCAAUUUUAAGUGUUGUGUGUUGUUUGUUUGGAUUGAAAAUAGUCAAUGGUUAUCAAUGUUUGGAGAAAGAAAAGAAGGCAAGGUUUGGAGUGAAUUGUUGGAAUCUAUUUGACACUUGGACGUGUGGGUUUGUCGUGUUGAUUCUCUCAAGAUGAAGGGAGGAAGUGUUGAUCCCGCAAAUAGUAAUGCAGGGGAUCGUCGCAACGACAUCUUGGAACUCGCACGAGCCAUUCGGGAAGCCGAUAAUAAGAAGGCGCAACUGCCGAAAGUUCAAGUUUCCGUCUUCGAUGGCACCAAUGCCUCCGCGUGGGCGAACAAGUUUGAGCAAUUGAGCAGUUGUUGUGAAUGGACGAGUGAAAAGAUGCUUCAAAUGGUGAAGCGAUAUUGUAUAGUCUUGUACAAAGAAGAAGUGUCGGAGUUGGUGCAAGCCUCGCGCGACUGGCCGGAUUUCAAAGCCAAACUAUUGGACAAGUACCAAUUGGGAGAUCAACUGCUCGACCUGGCAGACUUACGAAAAGUCGGUCGUCGGAAGAUCGGUACGGCCAAGCAGUUUCUCACGGAGUUCGAACGAGUUGUGCGUUUAGUGCCUGACCUCCCAGAUAAGGAUCGGUACCUUAUCUUCCUCGAAAACUUUUCGGAAGUUGAGCAGCGGGAAUUGAUGAAAGAUAUGACUGGGCGAUACGACAGGCCAAAGAUCAAGGAAAAUCUGUUGGCUGGAAGCUUCGACCAGAUGCUUUACCGCCUCCUGAAGCAGCAAAAAGAGGACCGCGAGAAGGAAGGGGCAAGUGCCGACAAGGAUCAAGCCGUUUACAAAACCCUGAUUGAUAUGCGGAACAUGAUGGCUGACAUGGAGGAGAAGUUAAAGUUACAAGUGAUGAUGGUUUAAACAAAAGGAGGGAAAAGGAAGGGGAAAACUCCCGUUGUGGAAGAAGUGUGUAGUAGCAGCAAUGAAGAGGAAGAUGAGGAGGAAGUGGAGCCUCCUCGAAAACUGACCAAGGCAGAACGGAAGGCCCUGAAUCAGAUACGAGGAGGGCAAGGCUCUAGUAAAAAGCAGCGAAAAAA